GCUCCUUCACCUGCCCACUCUACAGACCACAUAUACCCAUCAUGUCGCUUGCAAGAGCAGGAAGAUUCGCCUGCCUCCGCGCUGGCAGGCUCACCGCGCCCGUCAAUGCCCGUUUUGUGUCCACCAGCGACGGCUCCGUCAACACCAGCCCUGCUGAUGCCCCGACCAUCCCUCACAAAGACAGCUCAUUGAUCCGCAAGGAGAGCCCUUCGCAGGCAAUGGCUCGUCACCAGCCCGAUUACGAGGCCACCAUUGACCACGGAACCUCGCAAUUCUCCCCCGUGCCCAAGCGCGUCAUGGAUGGCAGCGAGCCCGGUGACACUGUUGCUGCCGCUGUCCUGUCCGGCGCUCCCACCGAUCUGCAGGCUCGUACCGUUCGGAUCUACCGCCCUACGAAGCCCGCUACUCAGUCUGGAACCUGGCACGGCCACCACUGGAGAAUGGAUUGGGAUAUUUUGCAGAAGGGCCACCGGUGGGAGAACCCUCUGAUGGGCUGGCAGUCCUCUGCCGACUGCAUGCAGGGCACCCACCUCAAGUUCAAGUCCAAGGAGGAUGCCAUUCUGUUUGCGCAAAAGCAGGGCUAUGAAUAUUUCGUUCAGGAGCCCAAUGAGCGCCGGUUCGUUCCCAAGUCUUACGCCAACAACUUCCUUCACGAGCCGAAGAAGAUCAAGCACAUCAAGACCAAAUAAAUUGAGUUUUCUCGGUGUCUCGUGUACAUAAGUGCAGGCUUUUGUUCUAGUUCUGAAUCAUGCUCGGAGGUCAUUCACAAUGUUUUCAAUAUUUUCGGAAUUCCCUACAUAUCUUGAGGGUCGGGCGUUGAUGGAAUAUUGGCAAGGGUUUUGCCCAGAAGGCGGCUCGGCUGCUAUACCGCCAAGAGGGACCUUCACUACCUAUGGAUCAGGACGUUCUCUCAUGCUAUAUAUGCAACAAGAGGUUGAAUCACAAGAUCUCUAACCUGACUCCGGGUAUAUUAGCAUUCAAACAUGGAUCUUAUACCCUUUGACAUUCAGUAGCAUGUCUCAG